ACGUUGAAAUGGACCAUGUUGAAUGUUGACCAGACUUCGUCUGCCACGCAAGUCACAAAAUACAAGUCCACCCUUUGGCUUUUGCUUAAUCCUACCAUUCAGAAUUCAGAAUUCAGAAUUCAGAAUUGUCCUCUCUUCUUCUCUUCUUCUUCUCCAGACAUAAAAACCGCGUUUCCACACUGUCUUCUUCCGCCAUAUCCACAACUCUCUCUCUCUCCUCACUUCCUUUCUCUCUCCUCCUUAAUGGGCAACUGUAAUGGCUUACCUUCCACUCUGUCCCAACUCCGCUCUUACGACAACGAACCUCUCUCCUCCACCUCCAAUCCCCCACCACCACAACCACCUCAACCCCACCAUGAUACCCCACCACCACCACCACAACAACAACAACAACAGCAACAUCAACAGAAACAACCACCACAAUCUCUCUCCUCCAACUUCGGCCGUGUCCUCGGCCGUCCAAUGGAGGACGUCCGCGCAACCUACAUUUUCGGCCGCGAAUUAGGGCGCGGACAAUUCGGCAUAACCUACUUAGUUACUCACAAGAAAACCAAACUUCAAUUCGCCUGUAAAUCAAUCGCUACUCGCAAACUUCUCAACCGAGAUGACGUCGAGGAUGUCCGCCGUGAGGUUCAGAUCAUGCACCACCUCACCGGCCACCGCAACGUGGUUGAGCUUACAGGCGCCUAUGAAGACCGCCACUCCAUCAAUUUAGUCAUGGAAUUAUGCGCCGGCGGUGAGCUCUUUGAUCGGAUUAUCGCCAAGGGACAUUACUCCGAGCGCGAGGCAGCCAAGUUGUUUCGCCAGAUUGUUACGGUUGUGUAUAAUUGUCAUUCUAUGGGGGUUAUGCAUAGGGAUCUUAAGCCUGAGAAUUUCCUGUUUUUGAGCUCUCUUGAAGAUUCCCCUUUGAAAGCUACUGAUUUUGGACUUUCUGUCUUCUUCAAACCAGGAGACGUUUUCAGAGACCUUGUCGGAAGUGCAUAUUAUGUAGCUCCUGAGGUUUUACGUCGUAGUUAUGGUGCUGAGGCUGAUGUUUGGAGUGCUGGAGUAAUAUUAUACAUCCUCAUUAGUGGAGUUCCACCAUUUUGGGGAGAGAACGAGCAGGGUAUUUUUGAUUCUAUUCUGCAGGGAAAUCUUGAUUUCACAUCUGAUCCAUGGCCUUCAAUAUCCAAUAGUGCCAAAGAUCUCGUGAAGAAGAUGUUGCGGCAAGAUCCUAAGGAAAGGCUUUCUGCUCUUGAUGCUUUGAAUCAUCCAUGGAUGAGAGAAGAUGGAGAAGCACCUGAUAAGCCAAUUGAUGUCGCUGUAUUAACGAGAAUGAAGCAAUUCAGGGCAAUGAACAAAUUGAAAAAAGUUGCAUUGAGGGUGAUUGCUGAGAAUCUUUCCGAAGAAGAAAUCAUGGGUUUGAAGGAAAUGUUUAGAUCUAUGGAUACAGACAACAAUGGAACUAUUACCUAUGAAGAGUUAAAGGCUGGUCUUCCAAAGCUGGGAACUAAACUUUCUGAGUUUGAAGUGAGGCAGUUAAUGGAAGCGGCUGAUGUCGACGGUAAUGGAACCAUUGAUUACAUGGAGUUCAUAACAGCCACAAUGCAUAUGAAUAGAAUGGAAAAGGAGGACCAUCUGUACAAGGCCUUUGAAUAUUUUGACGAGGACAAGAGCGGGUACAUUACCAUGAAGGAAUUGGAGCAAGCCUUGAAGAAGUAUAACAUGGGUGAUGAGAAAACAAUACGGGAGAUAAUUGCUGAAGUUGACACAGAUCAUGAUGGUAGAAUUAAUUAUGAGGAAUUUGUAGCUAUGAUGAAGAAAGGCAACCCUGAUUUGGUUUCAAACAGACGGAGAAGAUGAAUAUAGGCUGUAACUUGAUGGUUUGACUAUUAUGACCGUUGCGUGAAGCUCUUCUUCACCAGUCCUUGACCGAAGGCGGAGAGAUUUUGUCAACACCCAAAACUUCUCCAACUGGUUACGCCAUUGGAGUAGAGUGGAAUUGAUCAAGUGUUGUUCGACUAUUAUGUAAGAUCUUGUGUAUAUGUUGUAUCCCUAGUUUGUGCAGUUUCUUGUAUUGCUGUACAAUUGUUGGUUGUGUACUGAUGUCAAAUUCUUUUGGUGAUUUGAAUACCUUUUUGUUGUAAAUUAGCUGUUAGUGGCCUAUAUAUACGUUUGAAUUGAGCUACGGAACUUGGGACCUGUUUAGUAUCCUGUCACCGGGGUUGGAUAUCCGAGGCAGGCAUAUGAUUAUAUGAAUGUAUACGUUUGAAUUCGAAUGGUUAUGAUUUGUUCCCUGAUAUGAGAUUUAUGAAACCAGAGACUUCAUCUGUUCUUUCCUCGA